UUUGAUUCACAGCCUAAUACGAGCCUUUUGCAAUCUUCUAUGUUGCACGCAUACUAGCGGCCGUUGACGAUACCUGUGGCACCACGCCACUCAUCAAGCAUGUCAUCCCCCGGUGAGGGCCUCAUGCAGCCCACGCCACUCAGUUCCCACAUCGGCGAUGGCUGGUUUCCCAGAGUCGUCCACAUCAAUUGGCUCCAUCUAUAUACAGCAACGCAAUUGCCCGGGAUACUAUGUUAGGAGAAGCCGUCGAUCGGGACAAUUCCCCUCUGAAGCAGGCAAUCACGCACAAUCAUCUCGCUAUGGUCAGGUGAGAGGUUCAAUCUUGCAUCAUUUUUCUCAACGACAACACCCAUACAGCUUCGGUAACCCGAUUGUGGAAAUAUCUGAAUCUUUUGUUAGCCGUACACCUGGGAAGCCUGAACGUGUAUCAAGUAUCGCCCGUGUCAGCGCUUGUGUUACAUUCUCGGUCAAAAGUGAGGCUUGCGACGGAUUGCCUACUUCGUCGCCUCCAGUCCCCAUGCACAGCUUCCCGGCGGAUAUAUGCAGAACCACAGUGAUCGAGUUUACGCCACCGACCAUCUUCAAUAGACCGACGUUUCAAUUUCCAAUGCAGGGGCAAGAAGCAGCUGCCGUCAUCCGAGCACUCGAGGCUGUGGCUAUUGCUGCCUGAAAGACCUUCGAUUCACAUCGCAGACCGGUCCUACGCAGAUCGAGGCUUGGAUAUGAUGAUAUUUUGUGAUUGCGGUACGACGCUGGUGAGUUGGGCUGAGAAAGAGGCGUCUGAAAGGAAGCGCAUGAUACCUAAGAGGGGCACAGAAUGCGGAAUGAGGCUCGCUCGGAGUGGCCGGGCUGCAGAUACGGAUAUUGGUCAGGCUCAGGUAAUCAUAUAUUCAAGACCCAAGUAAAUUAAGGCUGGGGGAUGUCAUCUCAGCCUUCCAGCGUUGGAUAUGUAUAUGUGAGAG